AUGGAUCCCCAUCCCAAUGAUACGGCUGAGAGAGAAGCACCGGGAUCUCUUGGUCUCGCCUUGUCCUUCACCGUGGGGAAAAGGGCUGGGUUCGGUGUUCCCUCAGCUGAUAAUCGAGAUUACUGGUACGAACUCGGAAGGGCUGCCGUGACCAAAAGAGCUGAAGGAAGCGACCCCCGACUGAAGGCGAAGAACAUGGUCCUCCUCAUCGCGGACGGACUCGGGGUCACGACCAACACCGCUGCCAGAGUCUUCAAGGGACAGAGGCUGGGCAACACAGGAGAGGAGGCCGUCUUACUCUGGGACGACUUUCCGGCCAUCGCCCUAACCAAGAGAGAGAGAGAGAGAGAGAGAGAGAGAGAGAGAGAGAGAGAGAGAGAGAGAGAGAGAGAAUAG